GAAAACAUGGCUGGGAGUGUGCGGAGACCGGAGCAAACCGGACCUCCCGAACUGUUUUAUAAUGAAACUGAGGCGAGAAAAUAUACACAGAACUCCCGUAUGAUUGAAAUUCAGACACAGAUGUCCGAGCGUGCAGUGGAACUCCUGAGUUUGCCUGAGGAUCAGCCUUGUUUCCUUCUGGAUGUGGGCUGUGGAUCUGGUCUGAGUGGAGAUUACAUCAGUGAACAGGGACAUCACUGGGUUGGAAUUGAUAUCAGCUCUGCCAUGUUAGAUGUGGCAUUAGAACGUGAAGUGGAAGGAGACUUAAUUUGUGGAGAUAUGGGCCAUGGAAUUCCCUUCCGCCCUGGAACUUUUGAUGGCUGUAUCAGUAUCUCAGCACUGCAAUGGCUCUGUAAUGCUGAUAAGAAGACUCACAAUCCACCCCGACGUCUCUUUUGCUUCUUCUCCACCCUGUAUUCUGCUCUGGCUCGUGGCUCCCGUGCUGUUUUUCAGUUAUAUCCAGAAAAUGCACAACAGCUAGAGUUGGUGACAGCUCAGGCAAUGAGGGCUGGCUUUACUGGAGGGAUGGUUGUGGAUUAUCCUAACAGUGCCAAAGCUAAGAAAUUCUUCCUUUGCUUGUUUGCUGGGGUAUCAGGAGUAUUACCAAAGGGCCUGGGCACAGAGUCAGCAGAACAGGAGUCGUCUCGUCAUGUUGGUUUUACAAACCAGAGGAUGCGGUUCAAGGUAACACGAGGGAAAUCUGUGAAGAAAAGCAAAGACUGGAUCCUUGAGAAAAAGGAAAGGCGUAGGAGACAAGGAAAGGAAGUUCGUCCUGACAACAAAUUUAGUGGCCGGAAGAGAAGACCACACUUCUAAUGAACGCUGUGCUGGUCUUUUAAUGGAAGGCAGAUAUUGUGGUGUCCAGAGGGAAAUGCUGUGACUUCUACUUUUCUACAAAGCACAGAGACUUUCCCUAGUUUGGAAUGGACUUCAUAGGAAUAGUGCGCUGAGCAAGUUAUGUACGUGCGCCAGAGGAGGCGUUGCUUUCAGUAAAAGAAUUGUGCCCAAAGCAAUGGCAACGAUGAAAUGGGAGCUUUCUGUGUGUAUAUUAAGAGAUUUUAAGACAACUGAGAACAUUUAAGAGAAUUAAAGUACAGAUUAAAGUUUUCCCAUGUUUUGAUUUACAGCCAGUCUGCAAUAGUGCAUUUGUGCUUGUGCUGUUAUUGGUACCUCGAUGGUUGGCAAAAGGCAUCCUUCUCCCCACUUGGGGCAGUUGUAAGGCAGGAAUACAUGAACUGUAUCGUCAAACAAUAAAAUUUAUCAUUCUGCCUGAAAA